GCAAGCUAUAUUGUGUAUCUUUUAGCCCGUCCACAACUUAAUAUUGCAUCUGGCAUCAGUUGAAGACAUCUGAUGGCUGCAAUUCCCGAUCACAUAUUGACGCAGCCUGGAGAGCGCCGGCCUUCUCCACCGAACGUUCACUUUACCGUAUUCAUCCGGCUGCCAUUCCCGCGAGGGGAUUUCGUUGAUCCUCCCCCGGUUGAUUGGGAUGCGUCCAAAGACCGAUCUUUGUGGAAAGUGCUUUCUCAAGCAUCAAGGAGUGCAGACAUAAAUUGGCACGAUCUUGCGGACCAAUUUGAGGUUACGCUUCCUUUCCUUCUCCAACAGGCAGCAUGGCUGUACGAACGGCAACUUUCUCAAGUACGAGCACAGAUGCGCAAAGUAGGAAAUCCACUUUUGGCCGGAGGCUCUGCUACCUCCACACCUACUAGCCUAGGUGGACCACAAAGUAACUCUACAAUGAAGAGGGGACCAAGUGGCAGCACAGCGCCUCGAAUCCCUUCGUCUCUUUCCAUGCGGUCUAGGGAUAGCCCUGUACCAAGGCCUGAUACUAUUGGCCUCAAUGCGCAGGCAAAAAUAUCAGGAACGUCCUUGUCGCGCACUUCUUCGUCGAACACAGCGACCCAAAGUCGGCAAUACCUCCCACUCCAUCUUGGUCAGACAACAUCUCGGUCUAUUAGAAGUUCAUUCCCACAGCCUCUCAAAAGUCAACCAGCCGCUAAGGCGUUACCUAAGGCUACGGAUGCCGGUCGAGCCGCGGAUAGCACUGGAGUAGAAUCACCUAAGCUUCCUAGCAAUGAUGACGACUCGCCUGAGGAAGAUUCAUCGUCAUCAUCCUCUGACUCUGAUUCUGGCGUGCAGAACUACAGAAGUCAGAUUUUCCGUCGACCGCCGCGCUUCGCAGCGGGCAAAGCAAGCGCAGGUAGAUACGACGAAGGUGAUGAUGAGGAUGAAGAGGAAGACGAUGGCAGUCCUGCGUUUCUUCCCUUCUCAAACCCUUCCACUGUCCCUACUCAUGAUUCGAAUGCUACCUUACGUACCGGCGCCCAACAGCAGCAAGCGCCGCCACGGCGUACGUUUCCUGGCAACAUCUCUAGGCAGCGUUUGACGACUGAGCAUUCGUCAGCCAGCUCCACAAGCUCAAAUGCUGCAGCAGCCGCUCAAAAUGAGGCCGCGCCUAUACAACAACGAGGUCCCGGCCCGUUAAGUCCUCGUCGGCCCGGCGAGCUUGCGGCGCUCAGUCCUCGGCGACGCGCCACCGUCCGAGAAGGCAGCGAUGGCACGCCGAGCAUGGGAAGCAGUUUCAGUGAUCUCGAUGAUGCCAGUGUGACACAGUCCGCUCUUGAGGAAGCGCUGCUGAGCAACAUGCAGCAUGGAGGCGUAGCCAGCCGCAUGAGCUCCAUCAGUCAAGCCCUGCGAAGUCGUUAUCUGUAAUAGUAUAGACUAUUUUUUUGUCUGUCUGGAUGCUUGCCUUCUCAUUUCCAUUCUCAGGGAACUAUUCGUUCAUUCUUUUUUUGCUGUGAGAAGAUCCUGGGCUUGCUGAACAAGAAUGUUCAAUUUUUUCUCGAAUUUUAUAUCUAGACCAUUGGCUAUAUUAUAUAAUAUUAGUCUCGCU